CAUGAACAGGGCACCUUCGCACAGCGGACCCUUCCCGACGGUGUCACCCAAGUCACUGGAUCGAAGAUGAUUCUACAGCAGAACGCAUCCCAUCCCAAAACCUUCUCUCCCUCUGUCAUCAGUCUGCCUCCAGACAAGUACUCUAGAAUGAUGACUGGGUUCUGUCUCCUUCACAAGGGUAUUGAGGGCUCCACCACUGUCAGGCCACUCUUCUCAGUCUUCUGGACAGGCUGUGAUGAGCAACUUGAAGCCAUUCAGAUAAUUUACCGCAAGACUGAUGCCAUGGAAAAAGGCACCAAAGGUUGGGGAUUGCUUUUGUCGUACAAUCUGAAAACGGACAUGACGACCGCGUUCUCCAAAGCGUCCACAGAGUCAUACAUUCUCGACAGCGUGAAUACCACCAAAGCUGCCGCAGAGCAGAUCGCCCACCCUAUGAUUUUCCCUCUCAUCAUAUUCAGCGGUUUAUUCAGCCUUGCUAACGCUGUGCGGGUAGAGAUUUGGCAACGAGCUGCAAGAGAGCGGUUGCGUAGGAUUGAACAGGCUGUGACCCACGAUCGAACGGCGGCUGGACCCCAGGAUAGUUAUAUAGACGAGUACGGACUCAUCAACUUCAAUCAAAUUAUCAUGGAAUUGGCCACAUGUCACACUGAGGUGUUGAAGAAAAGCCCCUCGGCUUAUCUCCGUGUGCUAGACGGCUUCGACGACGCGAUGUCUCUGUUUGAAAUGCACGCUCAAAGACCGUCUCCCGGCCCACAUCACCACACGCACUCAAUGCUCUCGUCUCGCAUUAAUUUCUAUCGGAAGAAGUUACAUGGGCAAAAACAGUACCAGUCCACCACCCUUCAAAGACUCGAGGUUCAGCGGAGUUUGCUCUCAAUGUGCUGCGGCCAAAUCGACAACAGAGCCAGCUUCCAGAUAGCCUCAGCGCAGACUAGGCUCGCCCACUCCAGCAAAAGAGAAGCCGUCUCUCAGAAAGCAAUCACAAUCGUCAGGACAGCGUUUCUCCCGGGAGCACACCUUUCGGUUCGUACCACCCUCCACUUUCACUUCCCUCUUUCAUCGAGUAUCUCUAACAGUCCCUCCGUCUCCCCCAUCUUCUGGAUCUACUGGGCAGUGUCGAUCCCACUCACAAUCGCAGUAGUGGGUUCAUACGUUCUGUGGGACUGGAAAUUGUCCAAGAAAGCGGGUAAAGAAGAUGAAGCAACCGAGCUGCGGAUGCUUGACAUGAAGCGGAAUUCCCGGAGCCAGGCUGUCAGAAUUGCUGCGAGUGUGGCCUUAGGAAUCGGGGUGAUAGAGAAGGUUCGAGUGGGACAGGGACCGAGGGAGUCAAGGAGAGGACCGUUCUCGGAUUCAAGCAGGACGGUAUGCGUUUGGAUUCAUUCUAUUCAUUCAUUAAUAUUUACAUCUCCUCGUCUCCUUUCUUCCUCACUCAUUAAUCUUCUCUUCAAGCCCACUUCAAAACCCAAUCACUCCCCCACGCUUCCGCACUUGUUGAAUUACUGA